CUCUGCCGACCUGAAACUGCCUGGCAUGCUCUAUGGUCAUAUCCUGCGCAGCCCGCACCCCCAUGCCAAUAUCGUCAGUAUUGAUACCAGCGAGGCUGAACAGGUGCCGGGAGUCCUGGCGAUAAUAACUCCUUUUGACGUUCCCCGACGGAUCGUUUCGCCCAUUGCCCAGGACACCAGCAUAUUGGACACCAGGGUCGGUUUUGUAGGAGAUGAGGUCGCCGCCGUCGCCGCGUUGGACGAUGAUGCCGCUUUUCGGGCUCUGUCCCUUAUCCGGGUCGAGUACGAGACGCUGCCCUUUUACACGGAUGCUGAUUCAGCCCUGGCGCCCGACGCUGUUGAAAUUCACCCGGGCGGCAACCUGGCCCUGAAUCCGCCUCUGUCCAUUGGCCGAGGCGACGUGGACCAGGGUUUUGCGGAAGCCGACUUGGUGAGGGAAGAGACCUACAACAUCGCUUGCCACUCUGCCACGCCCAUGGAACCGCGGGCGGCCAUGGCCAGCUGGGAUGGCGACUCGGUAACGGUCUGGAAGUCCACUCGCGGCGUUCACCUGGACCAGGCCGCCUUGGCCCAGGCAUUGGAAAUCCCCGCUGAAAAUGUGCAGAUGAUCGGCCCGUUUCUCGGCGGCGGUUUCGGCAACAAGGACGAGUCUCGUUUGGCGGCCAUAGCGGCCGUCCUGUCCCGGCGGGCCGGAAGGCCGGUGCGGAUUGAGUUUUCCCGCGAGGACGAGUUCGUAGCCGGUCGUACCCGUCAUGCCGGCCGUAUCCACCUCAGGGUCGGCGUCCGGAGGACGGCACGCCUCAGGCCAUUCGUAUGUUGGCACGUCUACCUUAAAUACUGGAGCCUACGCGGCCUCCGGGCCGGGCGUGGCUCGUCGGGCGGGGCA